AUGAGCAGCCUGCAGGUACCGGAGCUUCGGCUUCCGGCCGGAGAUGGCGGUGGCUCGACCGGGCCGAACAACAGAGGCACCGCGCCUCUCUUGUUGGUACCCCAGAGCAGCGUGCCCAGGAGGAGACACUCGUGGAUCUGUGGAAAUUUCUCCACGAUGCAUACUUCUUCUGUCGAUGUCGCGACCGAACAUUCGAAAAGAAUAGCGAUGCAUUCGAGUCGCUCCGAUCGUCACAGUUGUCUAUAGGACCGCGCAUUGCUCGAUUAUUAUGGAGAUCCGUCGACGCUGAGAUCGAGAGAAAUGGUUUCUCCCCCCGUGUCUGUCAAGGGGAAUUGGAUUCAAUUCAAUUCAAAUCCAAUUGUGGAAUCCUAGAUUGA